AUGCCAGACGGUUCAGAGCGCACGAAAAGAACGCCAACGUUCAAUACACUAGCAAGAGAGGAGUCAUUCAGAAAUCCCUCGAAAACAGGAUCCACCUAUCCCAUCCUCAACGAAUUCGUUACCCCCCACAUCGAAUCUUUCAAUGCUCUCUUCGACGAUUCAGGACUGCCAAAAGGCGACGGCGACGGUCGGGGUCUUCUUUCUCUUGGACUGAAAGACAUAGGCGAACGCGUCGUUUUUGAUGGAACUGGGGUGGUGGGAUCAGAAAGCGGUCCCAGUGGCUGGGGAAACAGAUUGAGCUUUUGGAUCGAGGAAGUAUCGAUCGCGAAACCUCAGGUGCCGGAGAGAGAUACGCUCAGUACAGAAAGGAGGGUAUAUCCUUCUGAGGCGCGGGAGCGUUUGACAUCUUAUCGAGGGCGUAUGCAGGCCAAAGUUUGCUGGAAACUGAACAAUGACACCCAUCCCAAUCAACACGUAAUGAGAGACUGCGGUCUUGUGCCAGUAAUGGUUCGAUCGGUCAGAUGCAACCUUCGAUCUCUUUCCUCCGCAGAACUCGUCCAACACAAUGAGGAACCCGAGGAGUUUGGAGGGUAUUUCAUCAUCAACGGGAAUGAGCGAUUAAUACGCUAUCUCAUCCUCCCUAGACGCAAUCACGUCAUCUCUCUCAUCCGUCCCUCAUUUAGUAAUCGUGGACCUUCAUAUACUCAGUAUGCAGUUCAAAUUAGAUGUGUUCGUCCCGACCAGUCAAGUGCCACCAACAGCCUGCAUUACCUCUCGAACGGCAGUGCGACACUUCGAUUCAGCUGGCGAAAACAAGAAUAUGUUAUUCCCAUCAUGCUUAUUCUCAAGGCUCUUGUUGGAGCAUCUGACAAAGAAAUCUUUGAAGGCGUCAUGAUGCAGGAUUACGACAACACAUUCCUGACUGAUCGAGUCGAACUGUUAUUACGCAGUUUCAAGAUGUACAAUCUCUACACGGGGGAUCAAUGUCUUGAGUAUCUCGGUGACAAAUUCCGCGUUGUAUUGGGCAUGCCAGAAGACUGGACAAACCAAGCAUUGGGUGUCUGGCUGAUUCAAAAGAUGAUUCUUGUCCAUUUGGAAACACCACGAGAAAAAUUUCGCAUGCUACUAUUUAUGCUGCGGAAGCUUUAUGCAGUGGUAUCCUCCUCUUGUUGCUCCGACAACCCCGACUCGCCGCAACAUCAGGAGGUUCUGCUUCCCGGAUCCUUGUAUGGAAUGAUCAUCAAGGAGCGUUUGGAAGAAGCCUUGAACCAAGUGAGGAACCAGAUUGCUACAGAUGUGCGAAGGGCAGAGCCCCCACCGGACUUUUUGGAUAAACGCUACAUCACUAAAAUUAUUAACAGAGUCAACUGGGAUAUUGGGGCAAAAAUGUCCAACUUCUUGGCCACUGGCAAUCUCACAUCACCUUCGGGUCUCGAUUUACAACAGGCGUCUGGGUUUACGAUUGUAGCAGAGAAACUUAACUGGCAACGGUAUAUCAGUCAUUUCAGGUGUAUACAUCGUGGUGCUUUCUUCGCAGAACUGAAAACCACCACCGUUCGUAAACUGCUUCCUGAAGCAUGGGGUUUCCUCUGUCCGGUCCAUACGCCCGAUGGGUCUCCGUGUGGUCUGCUAAAUCAUCUUUCACGAACAUGUCGCAUUGUUACUUCGCCCCUAGCGGUUGCUCACAUACCUGCUCUCCUGGUGGGCCAUGGGAUGACACGAGCCUUCUCAUCAUCAAUAGAUGGCAGAAGAAAUUUAUGUGUUCAGCUCGAUGGGCGUGUGAUAGGUUGGGCGAAACCUGCAGUUGCUCGACAGCUCGCCAACCAUCUUCGCACGUGGAAAACGGAAGGGAGGCACAAAGUACCACUUGAUCUAGAGAUAGGGUAUGUCCCCGAGUCAAAGGGGGGCCAGUACCCAGGACUCUUCCUGUUCUCCAGUCGUGCAAGAAUGAUGCGUCCAGUGAAGUAUCUGGCGAAUGGAAAGGAUGAUCAGAUCGGCCCUUUCGAGCAAGUGUAUAUGAAUAUCGCUGUAAAGCCGGAGGAGAUUGAGGAAGGCGUAUCAUCACACGUAGAACAUGCCCCAACGAACUUCUUGUCUAUCCUUGCGAACCUCACGCCAUUUUCUGAUUUUAAUCAGAGUCCGCGAAAUAUCUAUCAGUGUCAGAUGGGUAAACAAACGAUGGGGACGCCAUCAACAGCUCUCAAACACCGGACAGAUAAUAAGCUGUACAAACUACAAACAGGACAAAGCCCUGUUGUUCGACCGCGACUACAUAACACUUAUGCCAUGGAUUCUUUCCCUAAUGGCACCAACGCAAUUGUCGCCGUCAUUUCUUACACUGGCUAUGACAUGGAAGAUGCCAUGAUCCUUAAUAAAUCGGCCCAUGAGCGCGGGUUUGGUUACGGCACUGUGUACAAGUCACAGAUUGUUGACCUCAAGGAUAUGCGAGGAGCUUCCAAGUCGACAACUGCCCCAACCCUGCAUUUUGGUCUUGGUGACGACAUCCGCACAGAAGAAGGAAGUCGUCAACAUGCCUGCUGCCACUUCCUGGACCGGGAUGGUUUACCUUAUAUAGGGACUAAACUAGAUUCCGGCGAUCCAAUCGCUGCGUAUGUUGACGACACUACCGGUCGUACUAAGUUUGUCAAGUACAAGGGUGAUGAGCAAGCUCUCGUGGACGAAGUUCGUCUGUUAGGUGGCGACGCAGGUGAUACUGAACUACAAAAACUUCAUAUAACAUUAAGGAUCACUCGGUCUCCUGUUAUUGGCGACAAAUUCUCAUCGCGCCACGGACAGAAAGGUGUUUGUUCGCAGAAAUGGCCAGCAGUCGACAUGCCGUUCACAGAGAGCGGGAUGCAACCUGAUGUUAUCAUCAACCCGCAUGCUUUCCCAAGUCGUAUGACCAUCGGCAUGUUGGUAGAGAGUAUGGCAGGAAAAGCUGGCGCCAUGCACGGCUUAGCUCAAGAUGCCACACCUUUCCAAUUCUCUGAGGAAGAUACUGCUGUCGAUUAUUUCGGAGAGCAACUACUUGCUGCAGGUUAUAACUACUACGGUAACGAGCCUAUGUAUUCCGGCAUAACUGGCAAAGAGUUCGCUGCCGACAUCUACAUCGGUGUUGUCUACUACCAGAGAUUGCGACACAUGGUGUUAGACAAAUUCCAAGUGCGAACAACAGGCCCGGUGGAUCCUGUCACCCACCAGCCAGUAAAGGGUCGUAAGCGCGCAGGUGGUAUCCGUUUUGGAGAAAUGGAGCGUGAUGCUCUUAUUGCCCACGGAACCUCGUUCCUAUUACAAGACCGUCUGAUGAAUUGCUCCGAUUACUCGACAGCAUGGGUCUGCCGUACCUGUGGUAGUCUGAUAUCUCUCGGCUACGACGAUAUCAGCUUAGGUGAAAUGUCUGUUGGCUCAUCUGGAGGGAUACGAUCGACUGGCCCAGGUGGCGAAUACUGCAGAGUUUGUCGUGCUACCGCAGAGGAGGAAGAGGACCGCGCUCGUCAAGCAUUGGCGACUGGCCAAAAUCCUCGACAUGGCACCCAUUCCGACAUUACUGUCGCUAUCAGUUCUCAAAAUGUAUUAGGACGGUCAACAAAGGGUGGGGAUCUGGAUGUGGUCGCAGUUCCUUACGUUUUCCGUUAUCUCUGUGCUGAGUUGGCUUCGAUGGGUAUCGCCAUUUCGCUAGAAGUUCGUUGAAGUUACCGAACUGAUCUGGGUAUGGACAUAUCUCAUAAUUGCAUGUAUAUUCGGAUUCCCAUACGAAAAGUAAAGAUAUCAAGCACAAUGUGUGCGUUACAAUAAUACCACAAAAGACAUGAAUAUAAACACUUUAUAAACAGGCGAAAGGAAGUAUGGUGAAAUGUCCCUUCUUACAUUACUUAGUAGGUAUGGGCUAGUAUCGCUCCCAGAAUAAAAGUAGUUCCAAAAAAGGGUAUAGGCGGAUUUAAUCCGAGCCAGUAGUUGAGAUAGAAAUGGAUGUGGAAGUGACAGAAUCUGCGUUUAAUAAUUGAACCUCAGGUUCAUUUGUGGUAGAUAGGUGUUCCUGCCCACCCUCCAAAAGAAACUCAACAAGAGAGCUUUGCAACUCGGCGUCAGGUGCCGGCGAUGUUUGCGUCUGAACAUCUGGGGGAGGUGAUGGAUAAGGAUUACUGAAGUCCAUUGCUUCGGUGAGUAGGUUGGACCGAGUCAGGAAUAUAUCAACAAGAAGGCGACAUUCUUCGGCACUGGUUGCAUGCGAAAGCAACCGGCGCAUGUCGCGUGCAUGUUCGCCCAGCGAUGCAGCAGGCGUGACAGACCGUACACUGGUCGCCGUUUUGGUCAGCGAAGCAAAAGCACCUUUUGAAGAUCUACGCUCAGGGGCCUGGACGGUGGACUGCACGGGUUUAACGGUAGUUAUCUGAAUGGGGAUAGUGGCACGUGCUGAAUCGAGUUCCGUGUUUAUAAGCUGAGAGCUGGACGAUGACAGACUCUUCUUAACAGCGUCGACUUCAAUCACAGGAGAUGUACGCGUAACUCCCCUCUCUGCCUCGUCGUUGAUCGCAGUAGGUAAACUAGGGACGGGAGGCUCUGCUGAUGAUUUCUGGUCCCAGCUUGGGACGGCUUUUCUAGGAAUAGGACCUUGUGGACGAUAAUCCGAUGCGGGUUGGUUCUCAACAGAAAUAUGGGUGUCAGAGGAAGAUGGUGAAGCAGGAGGAUAGCGCGGAGGCACAGGUUUAUUCACCAAGGGAGCAAGACUGGUCAUGGAUUUACUGGGUAGAAGUGGGACUUGUGGUGAUUGAGAGCCACUAAUGGUAUGCUUGCGGUGCGGUCCUUUGGUAUGAACUUCAAAAUUACCAUCCAAACGCACUUUUUCCGCCGAACCGUUCAAGGUCAGCCUAGAAAUCAUCUUCUGCAGUCGACCUGACUUUUUAGGAGUGGUCAAAGACGAUAUACUGUCAUUUGCCC